CAAAAUUUGCCUCUCUCUCUCUAAAUCAAAAUUUGCCUAUCCUUCUCUCUCAACAUCAGAAUCAUUCAAUGAAUUAUUGCCACCUCUCUCUCUCUCUCUCUCAAAUCAAAAUUUGCCUCUCAUUCUCUCUCUAAAUUCCGAAUUUUUUUACAAGUAUGUUUGCCAACCACCUCUUUCCCUCUCCCUCUUCCUCUCCCUCUCUCCCCAAAGGCUGUAUCAGAGGUAUUUUUUUUGCCAUCUCUAUCUCCAUAAGACAAUAAAAGUAGCAAAAAAAACAAAACCUACUGAGACUUCAAACAGAGAGUGCAAUGGCGAACGGGAAGGUCUUACUCAUAGAGGGGAACCCAGAAAACCCUAACCCUAGCUGGAAUGGCGGUUUAAACACUGAUUUAGUGGAUGCUCUCCCUUACAUUGACGACGACUAUGGCAAUCUCAAGGUUAAGGAAGAGGUAGACAGGCUUGUUGAAGAGGAGAUGAGGAAUAGCACAAAGAAGCCAUCGGAUUUCCUGAAAAUUCUACCUCCUGCUCCCAAAUUCAACUUUGAGAACAACCCUAUGCUUGCUCGAGAAUAUGAGCGCGUGAGAGCAGGCAAGCCUCCAUUGGCCAUGGACAUGUCAAGAUAUGGAUUGGAGCCACCGCCUGUGAAUAGGCGAAAUGAUGUCACUGCUUGGAAGAAUGCUCUUCAAAAUGCUCAAAGUCAGCUUCAACACCAAACUAUACGACUUGAAAAUCUUGAUUUAAUGAUGAAUCAUGGAGUGAACAUAUGGAAACUUAACAAUCAACGCUUGGAAGCUUUCUUAGCAAGGAUGCAGGCAAACGUGCAGGAAUACAAUGAAAAGAUAGAAAAUUUGAACAGUAAAAGGAAGUUUCAUCAGCAAAAUGCAGUUUCUGAGCUCAAUUAUCUGGCUUUGCAAUGGAAGGAGCUUUGUGAAAAGUAUAUAGAGAUCGAGUCUGCAUGUGUUGAGAUGGAGAAACAUAUUGAAGAACUCAUGAAACAGGCCAAAGACGAGUACACCAACUCUUCUUUUUACAUUGGGAAUCGACUGGGACUGAACUGGUUCAAGGAUGAUAUUGGUCUGUACCCUGUUUUUCUCUAG